GAGAAGCCGAGCAGUGCGUCGGACACAUUUAACUUGUUGUCACCGCUCAGUGAGGUUGACCCGAACCACCGCGUUGUAAUUGCUGCUGGUCCAGUUGUGCAGCGGCCCGUUACAGAGACCUGCCUACGCCGCUUGGUUCUCCCUUCGUUCCAUGGUCUGAAAUUUGUAGAACACCGGAGGAGAGCAGGUGAAAGAUGACGCAGUUUCUACCCCCGAACCUGCUGGCCCUGUUUGCUCCGCGGGACCCAAUACCGUUCCUCCCUCAGCUCGAGAAGCUGCCCCAUGAAAAGCACCACAACCAACCGUACAGCGGCAUCGCACCGUUCAUCAGGCACUUCGAGGAUCCCAGAGAUGCUCCUCCACCAACCAGAGCAGAAACCCGUGAGGAGCGUCUGGAGAGAAAGAGGCGAGAGAAGAUUGAGAGGAGGCAAGCGGUGGUGGAGACAGAACUCAAGCUUUGGGACCCCCAUAAUGAUCCCAACGCACAAGGGGAUGCCUUCAAGACUUUGUUUGUUGCACGAGUGAACUAUGAUACUACAGAGUCGAAGCUUCGCCGUGAGUUUGAGGUCUACGGCCCCAUUAAACGGAUUUACAUAGUGUACAACAAGAGGACGGGAAAGCCUCGGGGCUAUGCAUUCAUUGAGUAUGAGCAUGAACGAGACAUGCACUCCGCCUACAAGCAUGCAGACGGGAAGAAGAUCGACGGCAGAAGAGUGCUGGUGGACGUGGAGCGAGGACGCACUGUCAAAGGAUGGCAUCCUCGCAGGCUGGGAGGAGGACUGGGAGGCACCAGGAGAGGCGGAGCUGAUGUGAAUAUCAAACACUCUGGUCGCGAUGAUGCGUCGCGUUACGACGAGCGUCCGCUGGGCGGCGACCGGGACCGUGGAGAGCGGAGGGAGCGCAGCCGGGAGCGCGACCGGGACAAGGACCGGGAGCGCCGGAGGUCCAGAUCCCGUGAACGCCGCCGCCGCACUCGGUCACGUGAGCGAGAGAGGGAGAGAGACAGACAGGUGGGAGCAGGAGAGGACGGUGGCGCCGGUGGUGGCGCCGGUGGCGGUGGCGGUGGCGGCGGUGGAGGGGGGGGUGGCGGCGGUGGCAGCAGCCGGCGGCGGGAAAGAGAGAGGGAGCGAGGAGGGGCGGCGGGAGGAGGAGACAGCAGGAGUAGGGAGAGGAGUCGAGACCGCAAGAGGAGGAGCAGGAGCCGAGAUCGCAAGAGGGACAGGGAGAGAGGAAAGGGGCUGGACGGGGAGGAGGUGGGAGACGGAGCUCCAGAGGCUGCAGACAGGAUCCUGGAGGAGCAUGAAGGAGAGGUAGGUGAGGGCCUAGAGGAGCGCAGGGACAGAGACCGGGACAGGGACAGGAGGAGGAGCCACAGGGACAGAGACCGGCGCCGAGGAGACCGGGACAGAGACAGGGAGCAUAAGAGGGAGCGUGGUGACAGAGACCGGGGCGACCGCAGGGAGGAGCGCCACGGGUCGGCACGAGACGACAUGGGGCCUCAGGACGAGCUGGGCCAGGAGGAGGACGGAGGGGCCCCACAGAACCUGGAGGAGUACAGUCAGGACGGGAUGAUGAUGGACCAGCAGUCCGUCCCGUCCGCCGACUGUUACGCCUCCAGCGAGAACGGCUACAAGAUGGAGGCUCCGGGAGAUGAGUAUUGAGGCGUCCCCUCUGACGGACGACUCCACCUACAAAUAAGUUGUUUCAUCGUGUACUUGGCCUUACUCUGCCGAGGCGUAAUGAUGUCAGGCCUCCUGAUCAGACAUCUAGCUAGCUUUCCUGUAAGUCUGUUGAAAUAUUCCAUUUGGUAUCAUUGCACGCACAGUUGAUGCAUUUAACAGAUUUGAUCUCACUUCAGUGGGAGUUUCCCUGCGUUGCCCAACUAAUCCGUGCCACUAAAUGUAAUCAGAUUACCUUAGUCAUAGGUAUGUUUUUUUUUUUUUUUUUAAACUUGGAAUGAACUUCAAAAGUGAGCUUUAUUUGGAGAUAGGUAGAUUGUGUUGUCUUUUAUUUCCAGAUUUGUAAGCGGUUAGAUUGUAAGUCAUUUGGACCCAGUUACAAAUUUCUGUGUGCGAUUGAAGGAAGUUAAGUAUUGACAGUUUAGGGCUGUUCUGUUCACUCAAUCUGGAGUCAUUUUUUUAAUUCUAUCUGCUGUUUGUAUGUUAGACUUGCAGGGUCCUUUUAAUAAAGAUGUGAAUUGAAAUCAGA